UAUGUUAUAUAAAUAUAUAAUAAUAAAAACACAAAUAAUAAUAUUUAUAUUAAAGCGAACACUGAACACAGAGUUCAAAAUGAUUUUUCUUUCUCCUCGUUAAUUGAAAAUGUGAUGUAUUGUAAAUAGUAAUUUAAAAUUCCGAUGAUGAAGUCCAGUGAAGUAGACGUGGUCAAGAUGAUCGAUGCCAAUAAAAUGCGGAAGGAAAAAAAGUUGUCGGUAAGUUCUAUUAGUAGUAGUCCGGCAUCGGACUUAAAACCUCGGGUGGUAACAGUCAAGCAGCAUGAUUCAAAAAAGCUUUACACGCCGACUGCUAAAAAGGAAAAUACAAAAAAAAUUGUUCAAGAUGCAACAAAGGAAAUUCAGAACUGCAAUGAUAGUUCUGAAUGGCGCCUAGAUUUGAGUAAAUCUGGUUUGACUAAAGUGCCAAUAACCAUUAGAGAUGCCACACAAUUGACUGAAUUGUAUUUGUACGGUAAUAAAUUGAUCACUUUACCAUCAGAAAUUGGGUGUCUGACUAACUUGCAGACACUAGCACUCAGUGAAAACUCUCUGACUUGUCUACCGGAUUCGCUAGCUAAUCUUACUAGUCUUAAAGUCUUAGACCUAAGGCACAACAAACUUACUGAAGUGCCAGAUGUUGUCUAUAAGCUUGAUACGCUAACUACACUGUUUUUGCGUUUCAAUCGUAUACGUACAGUGAGUGAUGACAUUAGUAAAUUAGUCAACCUAGUCAUGCUCAGUUUACGAGAGAAUAAAAUCAAAGAACUUUCAUCUGGUAUCGGUAAACUGGACAAAGUAGUUACAUUUGAUGUGUCACAUAAUCAUUUGGAACAUUUGCCAGAAGAGAUUGGAAAUUGUAUACAAUUGUCUACACUAGAUCUUCAACAUAAUGAACUUGUCGACAUUCCUGAGACCAUUGGAAAUCUUACACUUCUAACACGUUUAGGCUUAAGAUAUAACAGAUUGAAAAAUUUACCGAAUUCAUUGAGUAAUUGUAAUCGAAUGGAUGAAUUUAAUGUAGAAGGUAACAUGUUAAGUUGUUUGCCUGAUGGCCUACUAGUUAACUUGAAAGAAAUGAACAGUAUAACACUAGCUAGAAAUAGUUUCACAGCAUAUCCUACUGGAGGACCUGCACAAUUUAUUGCUGUAGACUCAAUUAAUUUUGAACAUAACAAAAUUGAUAAAAUACCCUAUGGAAUAUUUUCCAAAGCUAAUUACCUAACAAAACUUAAUAUGAAAGAUAAUGCCUUGACAUCACUGCCAUUAGAUGUUGGUUCUUGGACCAAUAUGGUUGAGCUGAAUGUUGCAACAAACAUGAUUACCAAAUUGCCCGAUGACAUACAAUAUCUACAAUCCCUAGAGGUGUUGAUCUUAUCCAACAAUCUAUUGAAAAGACUGCCAGCUACCAUAGGAAAUCUUCAAAAACUCAGAGUGCUUGAUCUCGAAGAAAACAAACUAGAAACAUUACCUCAGGAAAUUGGUUAUUUGCGAGAGCUGCAAAAAUUAAUUUUACAGUCCAACCAAUUGCUAUCUUUACCACGGGCGAUUGGUCAUCUCACAAAUCUGGCAUACCUUAGUGUUGGUGAAAAUAAGCUUAGUACAUUACCAGAAGAAAUUGGUACACUGGAAAAUUUGGAGGCACUUUACAUUAAUGACAACCAGAGUCUUCAUCAUUUGCCAUUCGAACUUGCCUUAUGUUCUAAGUUGCAGUUGUUGGGAAUAGAAAAUUGUCCAUUGAGUCAACUUGGUGAUGCAGUCAAAGGCGGCCCAUCUUUAGUAAUGACUUAUCUCAAGGUAAAUGGCCCAUACCGUACUCUAUGAAAUCUUUUAAAUUGGUGUGGUAUUUCCAUUUGAUAUAUUAUCUAACACAAUAUUACAGCGAGUCUAAUGAAAGUUUGUUAAUAUUUGUUAUUGUGUUUAAAAAGUUUGUUUUAACACAUAUAUUGAAACUAUAUUUUAAUGGACCACUAGUAGUAUUGUGCAUUUUUCUCUGACUACCAUUAUGAAACCAAGUAGGAAAAAAAUUAUUUUUAAUUCCUGGGAAUUUUGGUUGGAAUGUUAUGUUCUUAUAAGUUGCAUUAAACAUGCAUAAGUAAGUAUUUGAAAUCAGAGUUGUUGAUAAUCUCUUUCCAGAGAAAUUAUUUUAAGAUGAGAGUUUAUAAAUUGAUAUGUUUUAAUGUUUCAAGAAAUAUCUAUUAAACAAUACAUUAUGUUAUAUAUGUACCUACUUUAUUUGUAUACAAUUUUAUCAAAACUUAAAUUGGAGUAUGUAUUAACUAUUAAGUUAAAAGUUUUAUUCAUUAAUGGAAAAGUAUGGACUUGAUCGAUUAUUUUCAGUAUUCUAUUCAUUAAAUUGAACUUUAUGUAAGCAUUCGAUAAAUAGCAGUUUUCGAAGUACAAAUUAAUAUAACUAUUUAAUAUUGUUGUCACAAUUUAUCUAAAGUUAAACACAUUUAUCAGAAUAUAUUCCGGUAAUACAUCAUAUUUUAAUUAAUAAUAAUCAUCCUUAUACUUUAAAUUUUAAAUAAUCAGUGGCCAGAUAUUUACAUGAAAUUAUGUUUAAUGAUGAUAAAAAAAAUAUAUAACUUUGCAAGUUUUAAUAUUUAAGAUGAUAAUAUUGAUUCCAUGAUAUUACAUUAUAGACUCUCAUCAGAUUCUGAAAUUUAACAUCUAUUAUGUUUAAGAUAAUGCAUAUUUUAUAUUGUCAUAAAGGUAUUACAAUUGUUAACUAAACUACUACUACUAGGCAAUUCAAUACAAAAUAAACUUUAUAAUAAUAACCAUUAUUUUAUACAGCAUGUCAACUGGAAAUUUUACCACAGUCCCAAAAUUGUAUUUAAACCAUGUACAUCAAAGUGUAUUAAAUACCUAUUCAUUAAUUUGUUUUUAUUCAAUCUUAAUAGGCAAAUAUAUAGUGUGUUAUUUAAUGUUUGUUUUAAUUGAAAAUUAUAAACGUAUAUUGUAUUUAUAUAUGGCGUAUAAUAUAUAUUAAUUUAAUAUGUAUGUAUGUUUGUACAUUAUAUAAUAUAUAUAUAUAAUUAUUUCAACCGUUGAUAAAAAAUAACGUAAUAUUAUUUUUGUGUGAUAAUUAUUAUAUUAUGUAAAUGUUUAAACAAAUUGAAAACUAAUUUAUUUGAAAACAGUUGUCAUAUUAAUAUUAUGAUUACAGUUGUAUGAUAUAAUAUCUAUUGGUUAUUUAUUAACUUAUAUAGUAUUAUGGUGAAAUCAUAAUAAAAUAAGUUGUAUUAGAAACAUUAAAGUUCUUAGAUUGGUCCUUGUAUCAAAAAUCCAUCAUUUGAGCUUGUACUACUUAUUAAAUUAUUUUUGUCAUUAUUUGUGCAAUAUAAUGAAAUUAAUUUUAAACUCAAAA